AUGGCUACAUUCCCGCGCGCCGCCGCCGCUGCUGCUGCUGCUGCGCCGCCGACGCUCGCGCCAAUGGAGAAGGCCAUCUGGUACAAAGAAGCGCUGACCGAAGACCUGUACCAGUCCGUGGCGCUCAAGACGCUGUCGUUCGAAGCUGCAUCGCCGUUCCAGACCAUGCAGAUCAUUGAGACGCACUCGUUUGGGAAGACGCUCGUGCUGGACGGCAAGACGCAGUCGGCCAAGAGCGACGAAGCCAUUUACCACGAAGCGCUGGUGCACCCGGCGCUGCUGGCGCACGCGCACCCCAAGACAGUGUACAUUGGCGGCGGCGGCGAGUUCGCCACGGCGCGGGAAGUGCUCAAGCACAAGUCGGUCGAAAAGGUGGUGAUGGUGGACAUUGACGAGCUCGUGUGCACCAUGUGCCGCAAGGAAAUGCCCGAGUGGGCCGACGGCGCGUUCGAAGACGCGCGACUCGAAGUGCACUACACGGACGCGCACGCGUUCCUCAAGCAGUACGACGGCACGUUCGACGUCAUCCUCAUGGACAUUGCCGACCCUAUUGAAGCCGGACCGGGCUACGUGCUCUACACGGAAGAGUUCUACCGCUACGCCGUCACGAAGCUCAACAAAGGCGGCUUCCUCGUCACGCAGUCGGGCCCCGGCGCCGUGUACAACUGGCACGAGUGCUUCUCGUCCAUCUACUGCACGCUCAAGACGAGCUUCGACACGGUCAUGCCCUACACGGUGGACAUCCCGUCGUUCGGCUGCACGUGGGCGUUCAACAUGGCCACAAACAGCGUCAACGGAGGAGCAGCAGGAGGACGAGAAGCGCUGCGAGCGAUCCGCGAACGCAGCAUCGCCGCUACGGAUGACCUUGUCGAGACGCGCGUGACGAAACCGCUCGUGUUCCUCGACGGCGUGAGCCACUUGGGGCUCUUUGGACUGCCCAAGAGCGUGCGCGAAGCGCUGGAGCGCGAGACGCGCAUCAUCACGGUCGACAACCCCGUGUUCGUGUACUAA